AUGUCGUCUUGGAAUUCAGUUCCACUCCAUAUCUCCUAUGAAGCUUUUGGCUGGUUUGCUUUUGUUUGUUGGUCUAUUAGUUUCUGGCCUCAAGUCAUCUUGAAUUUCCGCAGGAAAAGUGUUGUGGGGUUGAACUUUGAUUUUGUGCUGCUGAAUCUGACGAAGCACUCGUCGUAUCUUAUAUAUAAUGCGUCUUUGUACUUUAGCUCUGCGAUUCAGCAGCAAUACAAACACAAAUAUGGAGAGAAAGAGAUGAUACCCGUGGCUGCAAAUGAUGUUGCUUUUUCAAUUCAUGCUGUUCUACUAACAGUAGUUUCAUUACUCCAAAUUGCAAUCUAUGAUCGUGGAAGCCAAAAAGUAUCUAAAAUCGCUUGGGCUAUCGUCGCUGCUGCAUGGACAGCAGCAGCUGUGUGUUUCUUUAUAGCAUUGAACAAUCAUCAUUGGCUAUGGCUUCUCUCAAUCUUCACUACCAUUCAAGUUAUCAUGACUGUCAUCAAAUAUAUUCCUCAGGCUGUGAUGAACUUUAAGAGAAAAAGUACUGAUGGAUGGAGUAUUUUGAACAUUCUACUCGACUUUUCCGGAGGGGUAGCAAACUAUCUACAAAUGUCUAUGCAAUCCAUUGAUCAGAGUUCUUGGGUGAACUUCUAUGGAAACAUUGGAAAACUAUUGCUAUCCUUGGUGUCUAUAUUCUUUGACAUACUCUUCAUAAUCCAACAUUAUGUGUUAUAUCCUGAAAGAAAACGCAGAUCAGAGACCGUUUCUAAGUAUGAUAAUGCCGCCAAGUCUUCUGAUCCGACAUUGUCUCAAAAUGUUUAA